AUGAAUCCAGCAGGUUCCAACACUCAAAAGGAAGACUUCAAGCUCAAGGACACCAAGCCACAGCUCGGAGAACGAUGGCCCCACGGAGGCUCACGAGGCGGGGGAGGAUGGAUCAGCAGCGAGCGAGCCACCAGCACGUACGAUCUCGUCGAGCAGAUGUUCUACCUCUACGUCCGAGUAGUGAAGGCUCGAGACCUCCCACCAAACCCAGUAUCAGGAAGCUGCGACCCUUACGUGGAAGUCAAGCUAGGUAACUACAAAGGCAAAACACAGCACUUCGAGAAGAAACCCAAUCCGCUAUGGAACCAAGUCUUCGCAUUCUCCAAAGACAAGCUUCAAUCCUCCAUCCUCGAGGUGUUUCUCCGAGACAGGGAAAUGGUGGGGAGGGACGAUUACAUAGGGAAAGUGAUAUUCGACAUGCACGAGGUCCCGACACGAGUCCCUCCAGACAGUCCCUUAGCUCCUCAAUGGUACAGGCUAGAGGACCGACGAGGCGAGACCAAGCUGAAAGGUGAAGUGAUGCUGGCUGUCUGGAUGGGGACACAAGCCGACGAGGCUUUCCCCGACUCGUGGCACUCCGACGCUGCAUCGGUCCAUGGCGAGGGCGUGUACAAUGUCCGUUCCAAAGUUUACGUCUCCCCCAAGCUAUGGUACCUUAGGGUGAACGUCAUCGAAGCACAGGAUGUCGAGCCACAUGACAAAACUCAGCAGCCGCAGGUUUUUGUGAAAGCUCAGGUUGGCAACCAGGUGCUCAAAACCAAGCUGUGCCCAACAAAGACUCCGAAUCCGUUGUGGAAUGAGGACCUGCUGUUCGUAGCUGCUGAGCCGUUUGAAGAACAGCUGGUGCUGACACUAGAAAACAGAGUGGCUCCUUCCAAAGACGAGACAGUGGGGCGAAUCGUGCUGCCGCUGCACACGUUCGAGAAGCGGAUGGACCAUCGAACGAUCCAUUCGAAGUGGUUCAACAUGGAGAAGUUCGGGUUCGGAGUUCUGGAGGCGGACAAGAGGCACGAGCAGAAGUUCUCCAGCAGGAUUCAUUUGAGGGUCUGCCUGGAAGGAGGUUACCAUGUGAUGGAUGAAUCGACCAUGUACAUAAGCGAUCAGCGGCCGACUUCCAAGCAGCUGUGGAAGCAGCCGAUUGGGCUACUCGAAGUCGGGAUACUGAGCGCGCAAGGAGUUCAGCAAAUGAAAACCAAAGAUGGGAGAGGGGCAACGGAUGCAUACUGUGUAGCCAAGUACGGGCUCAAGUGGGUGAGAACUCGAACGAUCCUCGACAGCUUUAAUCCGAAGUGGAACGAGCAGUAUACCUGGGAGGUUUACGAUCCUUCCACUGUGAUCACGCUCGGAGUGUUCGACAACAACCAUCUGGGGAGCAACGAUGGAGGGAAGAACGAUGCCAGAAUCGGGAAGGUGAGGAUCCGACUGUCGACUCUCGAAACGGAUCGAAUCUACACGAAUUCGUACCCUCUCCUCGUCCUGCAACCAUCUGGAUUGAAGAAAAUGGGGGAGCUUCACCUCGCGGUUCGAUUCACCUGCUUGUCAUUAGCCCAUAUGAUCUACCUCUACGGCCAGCCUCUGCUUCCCAAGAUGCAUUACCUGCAUCCCUUCACGGUGAACCAGGUGGACAGCUUGAGGUUCCAAGCGAUGCGAAUUGUGGCGACUCGGCUUGGGAGAGCCGAGCCACCGCUGAGAAAAGAAGUGGUAGAGUACAUGAUCGAUGUGGAUUCACACAUGUGGAGCAUGAGGAGGAGCAAAGCAAACUUCUUCAGGGUCGUGUCGCUCUUCUCCGGAAUGAUGUCGAUCAGCAAGUGGAUCGGCGAGGUCUGCCAGUGGAAGAAUCCGGUGACCACGGUGUUGGUUCACGUGCUGUUCUUCAUCCUGGUGUGCUACCCCGAGCUGAUUCUGCCCACGGUGUUCCUGUACAUGUUCUUGAUUGGGGUUUGGAACUUUCGGUUUCGACCCAGGAACCCGCCUCACAUGGACACCAAGCUGUCGUGGGCAGAGGCAGUUGCAGCGGACGAGCUGGACGAGGAGUUCGACACUUUUCCGACCACCAAGGCGCAGGACGUGGUGAGGAUGAGGUACGACAGGCUGAGGAGCGUUGCAGGGAGGAUUCAGACCGUGGUCGGAGACAUUGCGACGCAAGGGGAGAGGUUUCAGGGUCUGCUGAGCUGGAGGGAUCCUCGAGCUACGAGCUUGUUCGUGAUGUUCUGCUUCGUUGUGGCUGUGGCGCUCUACAUUACGCCAUUCAAGAUGGUGGCUCUGGUUGCAGGGUUGCUUUGGCUGAGGCAUCCCAAGUUCCGGAGCAAGUUGCCUUCUGUUCCAAGUAAUUUCUUCAGGAGGCUGCCGUCCAGAGCUGAUAGCAUGCUGUGA